ACUUGAAGUAAAUAGGUGUAUAAAUGGAGCUUAUGACUUUGCCCAAACUAUUGGAAAUCCAUACCAUGUAAGACAAUAGUAAUUAAUUACUGCAUAGCAAACUUAGGCCAAGUUUGGCAUCUUCCAAAAAAUUUAAAAAGUCAAAAAGUCACUAUCCUAUUUAAGUCACAUCAUCUUAUUUAAGUCGCAUCACCUCUCUAACACAUCACUUCAAACCCAACUCAAAUUCAACCCAUAUUUCAUAAAAAGUCAAAAAGUACACUUAUUUAGUCUUCCUAAACUUGGCCUUAAAAUACCAAUUAAAGAAGCAAUCAGAGUCCCAGUUUCAUCAGAUGAAAAAGACGACGUGUAUAUAUAUAUGGUAGCUCCCCCUAAAAUAAGAGACAAAAAGAUCCCAAAAUAUUAGCUAGUCUCCCAAACAGGGUUUGAGAACCUGAGACCGUGUCACCACCCAUCAACGGCUGUGAUCAAAUAUCCUUUUGUCAGCACAUGACAUCUCAUUAACAGUACAUUCCAUCUCCAAACGGUCUGGCGGGAAAAAUCUGUUAUUGUCAGUUAUUUAGAACCCCCUCGAUUUUGUUUCCUUCCAAGAAUUCUUGCCACCGUACACAGCCAAACAGAGAACAUGCAAAGAAAAUCAAGAAACAAAACUACUCUCUCUCUCUCUCUCUCUAUAUAUAUAUAUAUAUGCACACACAAACAGUAAUUAACGCAUACUUUCAACAAUAUCCAAACCAUUCUCUGCAUCUUUACUUCAAUAUUCAGAACAGACAGACUGCCAGAAAACAAAACAAAAAGAACAACCCCCCCCCUCUCUCUCUCUCUCAUGGCAAAAUGGUUUUCUCUCCACCACUUUCUGGCAGCAGUGGCACUGGCACUGGCACUGGCCAUCUCCACCCUCCUCCGGCCCAUCUCAACAACCGCACUAUCCUAUCCACCCGCUAUCCUCCCACCACUUUCCUCUUCUCCACCACCACCACCACCAACGGCGGCUCUCGAAGAACAACUACUCAAGAAGAUAAUGAACGCCCUAAUUGGUGCAGGCGGCGACUUUCGUGGGUGGGCGGGGCUCCUCUCGGUGGCCACAGCAGCUGGACUAUCAGUACUUCCUUUUCCUGUAGACGGAACCCUCUUCAUCCCAGGUGACGAUGCACUCUCCCACCUUCCAACCGCCACCUUGGAAUUCGACCCAUUCAUGAUCCCCUACCACAUAGUCCCCCAACAACGCCUCUCUUUCUCAGAUCUCCAACUCUUCAGCACUAACACUCGCCUCCCAACUCUAUUGCCUUCCAACUCCAUUCUCAUCACCAACAACUCCCGCUCCAACUUCACCAUAGAUGGGGCUCCCAUUACCCACCCUGACCUCUACCUUAACUCCGACAUCGCUGUCCACGGCAUCAAAACCAUCCUCGACUACUCUAUUUACGGUUCUGCCAUUGGCAUUGGCAGCUUUCCCCCACCUGCGCCACAAGCGGGAGAAGAAGAAGUAGUUAUCUGUGGCGGCGGCAGGAGGAGGUCGGAUGCAGCAGCUUCUUGCGAGUUUGGGUUUCAGAUCAUUUUCUUGGUUGUUCUGUUUGUAUUGCUUUUUUUUUAGUUCAAGAUUCACGGAAACCCUCUCUUGAGUUGGUUCACAAUCACAGAUGAUGAUUGAAGAAGAAUGGUGGUUGGGUUGGGGUUACUCUUGUGUGGAUAUCAAGGGCAGAGAUGACUAGCCUCAUAGCAUAGCAUAUCUGCUGUUCUUGUUAUUGGAAAUUCGCUUUAUUUUUCUGCUGCUGUUCUUGAUUUCCUUUGUUGGGUUCACAUAUUAAAGAAUGGAAAUUGUUAUGUGUCAUUGAGAAUCUUUCUUUAUUUCUUUAUUUUUAUUUUUUGAUCAAUCAUCUCUUCUGAUAUUCAGUCUCUAAUUGCUGUAGAUUUUGUUUUUUUCUUUUGGUUUCAAUUUCAAAUUUUUGUAUUCUCGUGAAAUGGUUUUCCAACCAUUCAAGAGGAGAUUUUGUGCUUUUUGUCAUCAAAUUACUCAAUUGGUAUUUGAUACGAAGGCCAUCACCAUCUAUUUUUAUGCCUUCUCUUAUUAUAUAAUGUGUCAAUGCUGUAUUAGUGCUAUAUAUUAAUAGUGAAACUCAUAUUGUAUUGAGUGUACAAAAUAUAAAAUUAUUGUUAAUACUAAUGCAUUGUUUUUUUUUUUUUUAAUUUUAAUUUUGCAUGAUUU